UGACCUCCCUGAGUCCAGUGGAGACACCCCGGGGAGGUGAAUCUGUUGGGAUUAGCCUCCGCAGUCAACAAACAGACGCACAACACACGCGCUCUCCGAUGGCCACAGCCUGCACACACCAGGGCUCCAACAGUGUUUAGUUUUUAGACUUGUGUGACACACACGAACACACCAGGGACCCCCCAUCUGCUCACCAUGGCAUCCCUAGACGAAGAGCUGACCUGCUCUGUGUGCCGAGACUUCUUCAGCCAAGCUCACCCCCUGCCCUGUGGUCAUAGCUUCUGCCCGGCCUGCAUCCGCGAGGCCUGGACCGUCCAGGAAGAGGGCAAGAGUCGCUUUACCUGCCCCCAGUGUCAGGAGGAGCAUGGAGAAGUGCUGUGUGACUGCUGCCCACCCGAGGCAUCAGAGGGGCAGCCAGCGUUGGCUGUCAAGACCUGCCUGAGAUGUGAAGUGUCGCUUUGUGCCGAACACCUUCAACCCCAUCUGGAGAGACCUGCGUUCAGCACCCACCUGUUGGUGGAUCCACUUGGGGACCUCUCCCAGCGAAGGUGCCCAACACACACAGAGAUACUGCGCUACUACUGUGCUGACGAGAGGGUGUACGUGUGUGGUGACUGUCUGCUGGAUGGAGGGCAUGCUCAGCACAAAGUGAAAGCCCUGAAACAAGUAGAAGAGGAUCUGAAGGUUAUUCUCCAGACACUGCUCAGCAAAGCAGAGGAGAAGCUGAAAGAUGGAGAGCGAAUCCUCAAAGAGCAUGAGAGUAUUGAUUCAACCAUGGCUGACUCUCUGAAGCAGGAUGAAACCCAGGUGGAGCGGCUGGGCUCAGACCUGCAGGUCCAGGUGAGGAAGCUGGUGACUGAUCUGAAGGAGAUCACCAAGAGGGAGAGACAGCAGGUCAUACAGCGUGUGCAUGAAGACUGCUCCAAGGUGAAAGGGGACAUGAACCAGGUACUGAACAUCCAGCGUUACCUGGCCUUGCUGCUGGCAGAGACUGACCCCUUCCUGCUCAUCUGGGCCUUUCAAUCAGAUGACACAAAGUUAUUAGCUGACCUGAACAACCCACUUUUCAUCCCUGAUGCCAUAAAUUUGGACAGAAAACACAUCUUGGAGGACAUAGAGAGCAAAUAUCGAGGAUUCAUCACCGGCACCCUCCGCUGCCUCAGUGAACUCAAGAGGGAGCUCUUAACCAGUCCCUUGUCUCUGGACACUAACACGGCCCAUCCUUUGUUGAGCAUCUCUGACGACCUUCGCUCAGUGACACGGGUCAAAAACCGCUUGCCCUGCGCCGCUCACCCUGAACGUUUCGACCACUGGCCACAGGUCCUCGCCACCCAGACCUUCAGCUCUGGGACACACUACUGGGAGCUGAAGGUUGAGGGAUUCUGGGAUAUUGGUGUCUGCUAUAGAAGUAUUGGACGGAAGGGGAAAGAGGGCAAUGCCUUUGGGAACAACAAGGUGUCAUGGAGCUUGACACAGCAGCAUGACAAGAAGCUGGCUGCCUGGCACAACCGCAGGAAGACCCGCCUCACGUACCAAAUGACUGGCAACCGAGUUGCUGUUGCCGUGGACUACGGCGCAGGCACCAUCACCUUUUCUGAAUUGGGACCAUCAAACAAUCUGACCCACCUCCACACUUUCACCACCACGUUCACUGAGCCGGUUUGCUUGGGCUUUGGACUCUACAAAGCUGAGCUCAACAGUCACAUUACUAUCAUCAAAGUCUGAGGUGGAGAAAAUCCCACCGACGGGCACCAUGCUGGUUUAACUUUGACAAAGUCAUGCGAAGACAAAGGGGUGUUGGUUUACUUCCUCACCUCUGGAGCCACACAACAUGGAACUUUGAGCCACUCUGAUGUUUCUCUCCCCUCAGAUAUCAGCCUCAGCUCAUCUGUCCUCAUUAAAGAGACAAAACCAUACUUUAUAAAACUGUGAUCGACUGAUAUCCACAUGGAAAUAUCACAGAUAACUGAAAAUGGAGCGUUCAGUGAGUGAACAUGAAGGGAUCCUAUAGUGGGACAGCAAAUGAAGAGGUUCCUUUUAAAAGGGGCAAAAAAUAGUCCUUGUUGACAAAAUUGCACUGUUAAUGUGUUUUUCAUUCCCCUGAAAUCAUACUGUAGAUGACUGAUUUUAAGAUAUUACAAUUAUGUUAAAGAAGGUUGUAAAUGUUGUUUUGAUGUCAUAAAUAAUUUUGUCAGAUGUUUUUGAAACUAUACAUUAACUCAUCCUGUCCUUUGUUAAGCAUCUCUGAUGGUCUGCCCCUGUUUGACUGAAAGCUGAAUUUUGUAAAAACAUUCAUGUGUGUAUUAGUUGUAUCUUUAUCAGGUUGGUUUAUGUAUUCAUACACUCAAAAAAACACUAAAAUAAUGUCCCCACAGAGAAACUGAUGCUAUAUCGUGUGAAUCCAGUCUGAUUAGUCUGAUCUUUUUUGAUAGGAGCUACCUUGCUUUAUAAAGCAUUGGUGGAGUUUCCCAUGAAGAUGCAUUUGAUCCUUUUUAAACUCAGCUUGAAGACACAAAAAGGAAUGACUGAUUUGAUUGGGUAUUAAAGAAAAAAGGGAAAACAACUGCCACUCACUUGCUAACUUUGCUCUUUGAAGCAGCUCAGAUACCCAAUUAUUUUCCCAUUUUCUUUAUUUCAGUAUAAAGGUGAGUAGGCGGAUGCUACAUAGAGGGUGAGAAAGAAGCAGAAGGAAAGGGGGGUGGCACAGAGAGAGAGAGAGCGGGAGAGGGAAAAGCGAGAGAGAGAGAAAGAUCAGAGCAUACUCUGGCUUGGCUACGAUCAGACUGACUACCUUGCUGUGAAAUAAUGUGAUAGGGUAGCAAGAGAACGGGGAUUUAUUUUUGACCACACAACGGUACUCCAGCCGUGAGGAAACAAUUGUUUUCACCUGAUAUGGAAUACAAGAUUGUUCAGAAGGAAACAGGUUUUUUGCUGAAGAAAUCAACUUGAAAAUACCAAGAGAUUUUUUUUUUUGUGAUUGUCAUUCUGGCCCCUGCUGACACAGCACGUAGGACACUGAAGAGAUUUGGGAUUUGUGGGGGCAAACAAAAAAAGACAGACAGAAAGGGAAUGAUUGACAGCUAUGGCCAAUGAAGAAUUCUGAGUAUUUUCUGAAUAUUAUCCCAUCUGCUGGUUCUUUCGCUGCCUGGGUGCAUAUUAAUAUCCUUCAGCUGGUACCAACCAAAACUACAUAGAGGUUAAAGUUUGAAACAUUUUCACAAAGACCAUUUGUUUCUCUGUAGCAUGUUUGUUUACAUUUCAAGUUGUCCAAAGUGACACUUCUCUACAUUAGAAUCAAUCAGAGAUAAUCGGCUAAACAUCCCAGGUUCAGUC